AUGGCCCGCCCGUCAUCACUCGUGCUGAUCGCGUGCACCCUCGCCAUCCUCGCGUGCGGUUUGUCAACUUCCAUGGCGCAAGACGUGACCCCGGCCUCGACCGCCUCUGUCGCCUCCGCGGCGGCUGUCUCGGCGUCGGCCCUCGGCACGGUCGUAGCUUGCAAUGCCUGGGCCAGCGCUGCGUGCAUCUGCUCGCUCGGCACGCUUCAAGUCGACUGCUCGGGUCUCUCCUUGACAACUCUUCCAAUCGGCAUCCCCCUCACGACCAAAGUGCUCCUCCUGAACAACAACCAGAUCAAGGAUCUCCCUUCCCUCACCCAGUACACUCUGCUCGAGACCCUCCAACUCAAGUCCAACCUGCUCACGACCUUCCCCACCAGCGCCUUCCUGCCCGUCAUGCCUUCGCUCAAGGUUAUUCAUCUCUCUGGUUCCGCUCCCACGCUCAGCAAUGUCAUUCCCACGCUCCAAGCGUCUGAUUUGGCUGCCACUCCCAACCUCGAAAAUCUCGUCGCCGAUCGCAUCUCCCUGACAACCGUCGCGUCCGGCCUGUUCCAAAAUACUCCCAACAUGACGUUCGUCAACUUUGAGAACAACCAGCUGACCACGCUGCCUCCUGGUCUGUUCCAGGGCCUGCGCCUGAUGGGCCCGACGGGCUUUGUUUCGCUUCUUGCCAACCCUUUCGUCAGGACACCCCCCUCGACGUUUGGCAGCGUGUUCAACCCGUCCGUCUGCCACUACAUGUGCGCAACCUGCUUUGGCCAGCUCCAAAACCAGUGCUGCUACACAAACUGCUCGACCUGCACCUCGGCCGCCCCCAACGCGUGCACCAGCUGUUACGCUGGCUUGGGCCUUGUCGACACGACCUGCUCCGACCCGACCGUCGUUUCUUCCGUUGCCGCCAAGCGUAGCUCCAUCUCGGCCGCAACAGCUUCAGCAUCCCUGGCCAGCGUCGCCACCUCCGCCUCGGUCGCUUCGACCCGCUCUGCGUCUGCCGCUUCGGCCGCCACUGCUGCCACUGCCGCUGCCCUCUUCUCGUCUGCCUCUGCCGUCUCUGCAGGCACUGUUUCGGCCAGCUCUGCGUCGGUCAAGUCGAUCGCCGCGGCCUCCUCUGCGGCCGCAGCCUCUGCUUCCAUCGCCGCUCUGCCUGUUGCCUGCGAUGGCUGGACCUCGAAUGUCUGCGAUUGCAACGAAGCAGCGCUCACCGUCAACUGCAGCAGCCGCUCCCUGACUGUUGUUCCGCGCAGCAUUCCCAGCAACACGCAGUCCCUCGACUUGUCGUCCAACCUGCUGGCUACCAUCUCGGCAAACGUCUUUUCGUC